AUGCUUCUGACCACAGCCUCUUGCAAAAAACUAGCCUCACACCUCCAAAUCGACGCAGAAGACCACCCGUCCAACAUCCUCCAGGAAGCGAUCAGGAAAGUCGAAGACCUCCAACGGAAAUACAGUACCCUCCAAGCCAAGCACGACGCUCUCCAAGACCAAGAAUACUCGACCAUGAUCAUAGCUACGGUCAGCAGGAUCGAAGCCCUUGAACUAAGGAUAGAAACUCUGCGAAGUGAACAUGACAGGUUAUGCACACUCCUGGAAGACGAGGACCGUUCUUCGGAGAAUCAGAGCCUAACUUCACAGAGACUGAGAGAGGAGUUUAAGACGUUACGGGAGGAUCGUAUGGCUAUGGAUGAAAGGUUCACCGUAUCUUCGGAAAGUACUUGUUCUGAAAGCACCUCCGUUACGGUGAGAGAGGUCCUAGGAGGGCUCAUGGAGGGUCUGGUCAAGGAACCAGAUACGACGCAGAGAAAUACUCUUGGUAAGAGAUUUCCCAAGCAGGAUCAAUCAAUCAAUCGUAUUUCCAGUUGA